AUGACGGAAUACCAAGGCAUGAACUACACUAUUCUCCACACUGAAUUCUACCGAGAGCGCGCGCAACCCGGAAUGCUGGUCGUUGGCUCAGAUUCACACACAUGUCCAUCAGGGGCAGUAGGCUGUCUCGCAAUUGGACUGGGUGCUGCGGAUGUUACUUUGCCUUUGGUUACUGGGGAAACGUGGUUCAAAGUCCCGAAAGCCAUCAAUAUACGCCUGGUUGGAACACCAAAGCCAGGGAUCGGAGGUAAAGAUGUCAUUUUGUACAUCUUGCAAGUGCCAAAACGGAAUACUACAGCAUCUGAUAGAAUUGUGGAGUUCACAGGCCCAGCAGUCAGGCAUUUAUCCCUUGAUACCCGCUUCGCAAUCUCAAAUAUGACCGCGGAACUUGGUGGCAUUACUGACCUAUUUGUGCCAGAUAAGAUUACCCACAAUUUCAUCAAUAGACGCAAACUUGCUCAAUACAAAUGCCCCACGACGUACUUCAAACCCGAUACCGAUGCGAAGUAUGCCGCAGUUCAUGAGAUCGACCUUACAAAUGUGGGGUCUUUUAUAGCACGUUAUCCCAGGCCGGAUGACGUGGUUCCAGUUACAGAAGAAGAGGGAAUAGUGCUGAACGGAUGCUUUAUCGGGGCCUGCACUACGACGGAGGAAGAUCUGAUCAUUGGUGCUCUAGUAAUGGAACAAGCAAUGAAAAGAGGACUAAAGCCUACCGCAAAGGGGAAGAGAAAGGUCGUUCCCGGUUCAAUGCCAAUACAAUAUCGCCUACGGGAACUGGGGUUAUGCGAUAUAUACGCAGAUGCAGGCUUUGAGAUCGGUAUCCCCGGGUGCAGUUAG